UCGGUUAACAGGAAAGAUAUGGUGGAACUCGUCGUAGAGGAUUGGACAAAUUAUAAAAGGGUCCCACAUUCACCACCAAUAAUUGAUCAUUCUCCUAAUCCCCUCUGUACUCUUGCUGGCACACCCUCUCUUUCUCUCUCUAAAAGUUUCUCUCUCCUCCCCCUUCUCUUCUUCUCUCCUUUCUUCCCCUGUUUCUCUCCAUUUUUCCAUUCCCCUGUUUUUCUCUCUCCUCAAAUAAUUCUUAAACCCUAAAAAAAACCCUUUAAAUUUUUAUUAUAUGAUACUAUCAAGAUUACACAACACCCAAUAAUAAAUAAAGAUGCCCAAAUUUAAUACAGCAUGGUUAUUGAUAGCUAUUGUAAUAACAUUAGCAGAGGUGGCGGCGACAACGAAGAUGAUUUCAAAUAGCAAGUCAAUAUACAAAGUGUUGGAGGACGAAGGGCUACCCAUGGGUUUGUUUCCUAAAGGAAUAACAAAUUUUUCGGUUUCCGAAGAUGGAAAGUUUGAAGUUUACCUAGAUCAACCUUGUGAUGCGAAGUUUGAGAGUGAAUUACACUAUGAAAAGAAUGUUGUCGGUCAGAUUAGUUACGGGCAGAUCGGGAAUUUGACCGGGAUUUCUGCUCAGGAUCUCUUUUUAUGGUUUCCGGUCAAAGGGAUCCGAGUCGAUGUUCCGAGUUCUGGGGUUAUUUAUUUCGAUGUGGGUGUUGUUCAUAAGCAAUUUUCUCUCUCGUUGUUCGAAACUCCGAGAGAGUGUGUCGCUGCCACGCAUCCCAUCACGGCCAUUGCUGAUGUUGUUGCCAAAAAAUUGGUUGGAGUGUUACGAUUCGGAUUCGAUUGGUGGACUAAUGGAGGGGAGGUUAUGUAGAGAUUUUAAGAAGCUUUUGGAGGAAAUAUUGGAUCAGUUUUUGUUUAAAAUCAACUUCUCAGUCAGUCAGUCAUUGUACAUUGUGUUUGUUAGAGGUUUCUGGUUAUAGGCAUUGUGUACUAUGAUCCAGUGUCCUUUGCUUGCAGUUUUUCUGUAUAGGCAGCAGCGUUGGCGAAAGCGAAACUAGUUUCUUCUUGCUCUUCUUGUUUAAUUAAACAGCAAUUUUGGCCGUCCUUGAAUUUGGAUUAUUGAGUAAAUAUUUUGGGAGGAAGAUUAAUCAAUCGAACAUGAAGGAGACCUCGAAGAUGGAAAUCAAAAUCGAAGAAAGAGUGUUGCUUAUAGCAUUUAUACACAAGGAGAGACAAUGUGGUUGUGGUUGCGAAUGGGGAGGUGGAGACACAGAUUCAAAGAGCGAGGAUGAAAACUCGUCCUGCCAAAGAUUGCUCUCUGUAUGUCUACUACAAUUCUUAGCUCUCAUUGAGCAGUUUGUCAUUCGGAGUCUCCUCAUGUAGUGUCAAUAGUAGUGGUCGAGAAAAAAAAUAAAAUUAUACAUGAUCCUUAUAGUUAUAUAAAUUCAUAAUAACGAACCAAUUCAAUAAGUACUUCGGUUUAUUUCAUUUCAUUUCAAUUCAAUUAAAUUAUACCGUGUUCAAUUCAUUCAAUAACACCAAGUUUCUUGUUCA